AGAGAGUGACAGAGCAAGAGAGAAACAGAGCUACCUAGAGGGAGCGGCAGACACCGACGGAGACAGGGAUAGAGAGAGAGGGAUAGAUAGAGAGCCUGAGGCCCUGGUUUAUUUAUCAGUGAGCAGCAGACAGUGUGAGUGAUAGAACGACUGAACGAACUGACACACUUGGAGGAGAGAGAGAGUGGCGAGGCUGCAGUUGCUCCGGUAACCAUGGCACAGCCGUCUCCUUGUGCAUCACCGGGCGUUCGUCGUCGUAGCGACGGCUCGGUGAGAGAGUGUCUAUUUUUCCCCGUUUUGGAACGGAACGAACAGGAGAGACUGGAGGCCCUGGUGAGAAGACGGGAGAGAGGGGGAGAGAGGGAGAGACAGAUGGGGGAGGACAGCAGAGACUCUAUGGAGAACAGGCCUAAACGCUGGACCUGGGGAGGACCGCCUGGAGGGGGAGAGGGUAACCCUAAGACCCCGCCCUCUCAUGCUAUUGGCUCAGCUCUGCCUAAUCAUCCCGCCUCCGCUGCCAGCCCCAACCAAUCCAGGAACGUGAGUGACUUCCUGACACCGCCCUCCUCGGACCAGCCAAUCACCAAACGCCUCUCCAACUCUUCAGCCUCCCUGCACUCACCAGAUAGAGCGUUCCCAAGCCCCCAGCGGCCGGCCUACAAAGGUUCCCCCUCCAGGAAGACCAGUAAUGGACCCCCGGAGGACAAGACCCCCAAAACACCCACAACAGAGAGAGGCCCUGCCCCCUGUCUGACUGACUCUUCAAUGAGACGCCUUGAAUCUCCGACCACUCCGACCCGAAGCUCCUCCCCCAGAGCCCAGAGCAAAGGACUGGGCACGCCCAAAAGGGUGAGGUCGACUAAGAGUCACGCCCAGUCCCCCUGCUCUCCGGGACAGUACCCUCCCUCCCCCAUCCGCCAGCGACCCCCGGUAACCGAGGGCAACCAGGAGGCCAGGGGUCAUGGAACCCUGGAGAGGAAGUCCUCUAAGCUGGACACCCCAGAGAAGAAGAUCUCCAAGUCCUCCAGCAGAGACCUGGCGGCAGAGUCUCCAGGUACGCCCACAGGCAGGACCGUUGCCGGGACAAUGGAUGCGGAGGAGGCGUCUAGACUGUUGGCUGAGAGGCGGCGUCUGGCCAGAGUACAGAAAGAACAGGAGGACAAACUACGACAGGAGGAGGAGAGGCUGAGAGCGGAGGAGGAGCAGAGGAGAGAGCAGGAGGCACGGGAGUGGCAGGCGAGAGAGGCACAACAAGCGGAGGAGGAGAGAGAGAGAUGGGAGGAGGAGAGGAAGACCAGAGAGGACGAGGAGAGAAGGACAAAGGAGAGACGCUGGAAAGACAUGCAGGAUCAGCUGGACCGAGAGAGAGAGGAGGCGUGUCUGCGUGCUCACAGGGAGGUGGAGAGGAAGAGGCAGGAGAGAGAACUGUUGCAGCUACAGGAGGAGCAGGAGAGACUGCAGAGGAAGAAGCGGAUUGAGGAGAUCAUGAAGAGGACACGUAAGAGUGAGACGGACUCCUCAUCCCCAGGUGUGUGUGAGGUGAACGGGGGCCAGGCAGGGCGUGUCAGGGAGUUGGAUCAGGAUGAGUCCCCCAUCAUCACGCUGGGACCCCUGGAGAGUAAGAGCUGUGGAGGGGACGAGCUGUCUGACGGGGUACAGUCUAUGGACGUCAGCCCAGUGUCCAGGGAUGAGUUGGGUAGCGUUCAGGAGUUCUCUCCUGUCAGCGAGAGGUUAAACAGCAUGAGUAACACCCGAACCCUAGAGCACCUCCUGGACCUCACCGCCCAGCCAGAAACGUCCCUCUACCCCAGGCUGCAGGCCGGCAGUGCUGCAGCCCUGGGAGACCUCAACAAGAACCUGCUGAUACAGGAUUAUAACCCUGCCUCCUUCACUAGCUCCUCCUCAAGCUCCUCCCAACUUCUCCACAGCCUCAGCCCUGGCAAACUGGACGUCUAGUAACCAGGGCGUUGUGUAGGACUACUGGCUGUUGGGUGCAAAGAGGAGCUAGGAGCAGCAGGGGGGUCUCUCCUCUCCUCCCGCUUCCCCCCAUCAGAGAGAGAGAGACCAGCUCCCUGCACCUCCGCCCUCACCCCUCUUUAGGGGAGAGACCCUCCUAAUAAAAAUGGCCGAAACAGAGCAAAUGGAAUGGCAUCAAACACCUGGAAACCAUGUGUUUGAUGUAUUUGAUACCAUUCCACUGAUUCAGCUCCAGUCAUUACCACAAGCAAUUCUCCCCAAUUAAGGUGCCACCAACCUCCUGUGAACUCAACACAUCUACUGCUGAAUUCCUCCAUUCACACACAUUGACAUGUACACACACGGUUAAUACUCUCCCGGUAAAGUAAAGCUUUUUCUCUGUGUCCUGGCUGUAUGAUAUUGUGCAUAAAGUUGUGUCAGUGUUGAGCGGGUGAGAAUGUAAUAUUAUGGUUGUGUUAUCCUUCUGUAGCAUUAAUUAUGUGGUUAACACUGACCCUGUGACCCUGUAGCAUCUUCACUGGAGAACACAUCUCCUCCUCCUGUAUAUAUUGUAUACAGUCACACAGCUGUUAACUAGCUCUAGGUAUAAAUUGCCCCUAACCACAGAUCUAGGAUCAGAUCAUUCUAACCCUCAAUAACCUUAACUAUUGGGGGGGAUGAAAAUAUAGUCUGACCCUGUAUCAGUGGUUAGGGGCAACGUCAGCCUACUAGAUGUAACGACUGUGUUUGGAGUUUCUGUCUGUCAGUGUUUCUAGUGGUGGAAGGUUAUAUCACACCACCACUGACAUGCUGUACUACUAUUUGCCAGGACUCAGGAGUCUAUUUGACUACUAUCGGUACCUAGAACUCAGCUAGCCAGCCUAUAUAUGUUAACCUCCUGCAACUUGAGAAACCUACUCAUCUACAGAUGUUGAUGAUAUAGUAAGACAAAAGUCUGGCUUUUAUCCACCACCGCUCCAUAGUGGUCCAUCAAAAACACCUGUGGAAGACUGGAGCAUCUCUGAAUAUAAUCUGUGCAAAAAUAAAUGAAAACUGUGAACGGUCUUGUAUUUUUUUUUAGCUAUUUCCAGAGCUGGGGGAUAUUGAAAAUAUGUGUUUUUGGCUCACUGUGCUGUGCGUGUGCUAGCUGUGGUUUAGUUAGUGUAAACCGUCUGGUCAUGUAACACAGCUCUGAAAACACUCAUCUCUGCUCUGGAAAUACUGCUCUCCUUAUCUUGCCUCUGCUCUGAACUGGACUGGACUGUUUCUGCUGCAACUCACAGACCUAGCAACUACCAGUCAACCUACAGCAGGGGUCUCCAACUACGGUCCUGGAGGGCUUUAGUUCACACCUGAUUCUACUGAUCAUGGUACAUACUGAAGACGGUGACUAGUUGAAUGAAGUGGGUUUGGGGCAGGGCUGAAACAAUAGCCUGCAUACCCAGGCCAGUAGUUCCCUAGCACCAGAGUUGGAAACCCUGUCCUACAGUAUCUCACCAGUCUGUGUAUUCACUCAGUCAGUCAACUCUGUAACAGACUCUGGUGUACAACAGCUAUAUUCACUAUGACUGUGGCUUUACCUCAUGGAGAUCUAUCUCACUACAGAGGACACUUCACAGUCUGCUUUCUACUACUGCUGUGAAUUCUACAAUCAUACAUGCUUCCUGUACUGUAACUGUCUUGUUCAGAUCAUACUGUAACACUUUGCUUUCAGGGUGGGUGUAGCUCAGCAUGUGUGCUCCCUCCCCUCGCCGUUCUAAUCUCUGUUUCAGUUCCCCCUGAAGGGCACUGUAAGGUGUCAAUCAUUCCUCAUGACCCAGCUAACCCUGUGAGGGGAUGGACUCUGAAUUGUGUGUAUUAAUGGCUGUAAUAAGGAUGCUGUAUCUCAAUUACUGGACUAGAGUAGGUAAAGGCCUGGAAUGUCCACUUAUCUUUGCUGUCUUCAGUGCACUGCACUCUUGAUUUAGUUACCAUGUCUUUCUGUCCAUCAGUCUGUCCAUCUCUCUUCCUCUCUCUUUCUGUACUCGUUCAUUAUCUCAUGCAUUCAGAGGCUGUUAACAUUCAUUGUAUCCUAAGGGAAAAUGUAGUAAACUUAAGACUUAAGGUCAGAAUGUUAUUCACUAAAAGUCACUUAACACUGAUGUCACUGCAGCUUGGUGGAAUAUAUAACUGUAGACGUGGUGCAUGGUUCUAACUGCUGAAAAACAACAAUAAAACAUAAUCAAGCCAUG